AGGGAGAGAGAGAGAGAGAGAGAGAGAGAGAGAGAGAGAGAGAGAGAGAGAGAGAGAGAGAGAGAGAGAGAGAGAACGAGGGGGAACGAGCACCAGGAACGGAAGACAGUAAGCAGAUUCGUUUGGAGUCGAUCUCUGCUCUUUUCAGUCACCGAUAGAGAUGCAGGCGAUUCUCUGGAGCCACCGAACCGCUCGAGUUAAACUGAGCUACAUUGCAAGGAUUUACUGAAAAGAAAGGACACUCACACACACUCGCACACACACUCGCACACACUCACACUCACACUCACUCACACACACUCACUCACACCCUUACAACCCCUUUGCAUCGAAUGACGGGCAGAUGAAGAUGAACCAGCAGGCUCCGUUGGACAGGAAUACAGGACAGACAGUGGCUGGGAAAUUGGAAGGCAUACGUUCGCCGUUUCAGGGCUGAAUGCCCCUCCAGAAAAAGGUCGUGCGCGACGCGGUCUUCCCGCUGGACCUGCCACCAUGGGGGAGCUGGGCCUGGGCCUGGGCCUGGGCCUGCUGCUGAGCCUGGCGUCCCGGGGCUGGGGCUGCCCUUUUCACUGCACCUGCCAGAACCUGUCCGAGUCGCUCAGCACCCUGUGCGCCAACAAGGGGCUGCUCUUCGUGCCGCUGAACAUCGACCGGCGCACGGUGGAGCUGCGGCUGGCCGACAACUUCAUCCGGGUGGUGGAGCAACAGGACUUCGUCAACAUGAGCGGCCUGGUGGACCUCACGCUGUCGCGCAACACCAUCAGCUUCAUCCAGCCCUUCGCCUUCGGGGACCUGGAGAGCCUGCGCUCGCUGCACCUGGACGGCAACCGCCUGACCGCCAUCCGCGACGACAACCUCAGCGGCCUGGUCAACCUGCAGCACCUGAUCGUCAACAACAACCAGCUGGUCAGCGUCGUGGCCUCGGCCUUCGACGACUUCCUGGCCACGCUGGAGGACCUGGACCUGUCCUUCAACAACCUGCCGACGGUGCCCUGGGAGUCCAUUCGGGGCAUGGUCAACCUGCACACGCUCAACCUGGACCACAACCUCAUCGAGUACGUGGCGGCCGGCGCCUUCGCCGAGCUGGCCAAGCUGGCCCGCCUGGACAUCACCUCCAACCGGCUGCAGACGCUGCCGCCCGACUCGCUGUUCGCGCGCUCGCAGGCCGGCCCCACCGCGCCUCCGCCCGUCACCCUCAGCUUUGGCGGCAACCCCUUCCACUGCAACUGCGAGCUGCUGUGGCUGCGUCGGCUCGGCCGGCCCGACCACAUGGAGACGUGCGCCACGCCCGCCCCGCUGGCCGGCCGCUACUUCUGGUCCAUCCCCGAGGAGGAGUUCGUCUGCGAGCCGCCACUCAUCACCCGCCACACCCACCGCGUCUGGAUCCUGGAGGGGCAGCGCGCCACGCUCAGGUGCCGGGCCAUCGGCGACCCCGAGCCCGCCGUCCACUGGGUCUCGCCGCGGGACAGGAUCGUCGCCAACUCGUCCCGCCUCACCUCCUACGGCAACGGCACCCUCGACAUCCUGGUCAGCACCGUGGGCGACGACGGGUCCUACACCUGCUUCGCCACCAACGCCGCCGGCGAGUCCACGGCCCGCACCGACCUGAAGAUCAUCCCGCUCCCGCACCGCGGUGGCGGCAACGGCACCGUCCGGGUGCUCCACGGGGACCCCGGCUCCUCCGACAUCAGCACCAGCACCAGCGGCCGGCCGGUGCUCAAUGGCAGCGACGGCCGGCCGGAGCGGGAGAGCGUCGUCUCCGUGCUGGACGUGACGGCCACCAGCGCGCUGGUCCGCUGGGCCAGGGCCAGCGCCCUGCAGCUGGUCUGGAUGUACCAACUCCAGUACAACUCGUCCGUGGACGAGACCCUGGUCUACAGGAUCAUCCCGUCCACGAGCAAAGCCUUCGUCCUGAAGAACCUGAUCUCAGGCGCGGACUACGACCUGUGUGUCCUGGCUAUCUACGGGGACCCGGUGACGCAGCUGGCGGCUACCAGGGUGGUGGGCUGCGCCCAGUUCGGCACCAAGGAGGAGUACCCGCACUGCCACCUGCUCCACGCUCACUUCCUGGGUGGCACGCUGACCGUGAUCGUGGGAGGCAUCAUUGUCGUCACCCUGCUGGUCUUCACCGUGGUCAUGAUGGUCAAGUACAAGGUCUGCGGCAGCGCCCAGUCGCCCAAGGUCAGUGACGUGUACUCGCAGACCAGCGGAGGCCAGUCCGUGGUCAACGGGGUGCUGCUCCCCCCUGGGCGGAUGCUGGUCCUUCACUCCAAAGGGAAACCCACGGGGAAGGCCCCUCCUCCGCCCUCCGCCGCUCUUGGCCGCUUGGCGCCUCACCAGCGGGCGAAGGCGCCGGGCAGGAAGGUCCGAUCCAAGCCCAGGCCUGAGGCGGAGGCCAGGCCCCGGCCCGGCUCCGAGGCAGGCAGGCAGCCACCCUCGGCGUGCCCUCGCCCCGGGCACAAGACGAAGCGCAGCUGCUCGCUGGAUAUGGGCGACAUCGCGGCCGCCGCCUGCUACAGCUACGCCAAGCGCCUCGGCGUCCUCUGGACUAAGCGGAGCCAGUCUGUCCACGGGAUGCUGGCGCGGCACGCCGAGACUGAGCUGGCAGCCCGGAAAGCUGGCUUCUACAGUGCUGACGAUCUGGAAGAGAGCAUCGUCUAGGCCAGGGCGCGCCUGAGCAGGAGAACCCCACUUGCUCUUGGGGGAAGGGAGGAGUUCUGCCCCGUCAAGUGCCCCCAGAGGGGAGGUGGAAGGUGCCCUCUGCUGAGCUGGCAUAACGGACACUCCUGGAGGCGCCGCGAGGCAGCAGACACAGGCGCCAGGCUGCCGCGAGCCCUAGACAUUUAUUCUCGAGCCGCGUGUGGGUUAGUUACCCCGCUGGGUGACGAUGGGGAUUAACGAGAGCGGAUGGACGUCUGCUGAGGAGGUCUGCUGAGGAAACCGGGUGGGGCAGCGGAAGCGGGGCCAGAAAACGGGCUGAGGGCAGCUCCCAGCGUGGACGACACCAUUCUGGGGCUGGACUGUGUCAGGGAACCGAGUGCUCGGCUCACCUCGGCAAUGUAUAAUUUCUCGAUACACUCCAGAACUGAGGUGCUCCUGAAAUGGAUGUUACUGCUGUCUGUUAUUUGAAUGUUAAUUCUGAGGUGUUGCUUUCACAUGUUAUUGAACCGGUUCAGUUUUUGCCCAUUUGCCAAACUUGCCUGUGUUCAGGUGAUCGGAGAUAACAUCAACACCGACCUGAAUAUAAUAUAAAUGUAUGAUACAAACAUCA